GGGAGGAGAAGCCUGGGUGCCCCCCACUGAUAAGCAGGCUCCACCCAGAGGCCAAUCCUGUGUGUCUGGGGACAAGGGGGAAGAGCAGCAGAAGUGUCCCUUCUCCAGGAUCAAGGAACUGGGGCGGGUCAGAAGGGGGACCAUUUCCUGGACCCCAGUCCUCCGAAUCAGCUCCUAGAGUGGAACCAGGAAGGAUUCUGGAGCCACAGAGGGUAGACAGAUGGAAGAUGGGGACCAAAGUGAGGAAGAGCCGAGGGAACGCAGCCAGGCAGGUGGAAUGGGAACUCUCUGGAGCCAAGAGAGCACUCCAGAAGAGGGGCUGCCCGUGGAAGGGAGCAGGCCAUGGGCAGUGGCCAGGCGGGUGCUGACAGCUAUCCUGAUUUUGAGCCUGCUCCUUUGUUUUUCUGUGCCUUUGUUCUACAUCUUCCAGAACUGUGGCCCUCGCCCCUGUGAGACAUCUGUGUGUUUGGAUCUCCGGGAUCAUUACCUGGCCUCUGGGAACACAAGUGUGGCCCCCUGCACCGACUUCUUCGGCUUUGCCUGUGGAAGGGCCAAAGAAACCAAUAAUUCUUUUCAGGAGCUUGCCACAAAGAACAAAAACCGACUUCGGAGAAUACUGGAGGCCCAGAAUUCCUGGCACCCAGGCUCUGGGGAGGAGAAAGCCUUCCAGUUCUACAACUCCUGCAUGGAUACACGUGCCAUUGAAGCUGCAGGGACUGGUCCCCUCAGACAAGUUAUUGAGGAGCUUGGAGGCUGGCGCAUCUCUGGUAAAUGGACUUCCUUAAAUUUUAACCGAACGCUGAGACUUCUGAUGAGUCAGUAUGGCCAUUUCCCUUUCUUCAGAGCCUACCUAGGACCUCAUCCUGCCUCUCCACACACACCAGUCAUCCAGAUAGACCAGCCAGAGUUUGAUGUUCCCCUCAAGCAAGAUCAAGAACAGAAGAUCUAUGCCCAGAUCUUUCGGGAAUACCUGACUUACCUGAAUCAGCUGGGAACGUUGCUGGGAGGAGACCCAAGCAAGGUGCAAGAACACGCUUCCUUGUCAAUCUCCAUCACUUCAAGGCUGUUCCAGUUUCUGAGGCCCCUGGAUCAGCGGCGGGCACAGGGCAAGCUCUUCCAGAUGGUCACUAUCAACCAGCUCAAGGAAAUGGCCCCUGCCAUCGACUGGUUGUCCUGCUUGCAAGAGACAUUCACACCGAUGUCCCUGAGCCCCUCUCAGUCCCUCCUGGUCCAUGAUGUGGAAUAUUUGAAAAACAUGUCACAACUGGUGGAGGAGAUGCUGCUAAAGCAGAGGGACUUUCUGCAGAGCCACAUGAUCUUAGGGCUGGUGGUGACCCUUUCUCCAGCCCUGGACAGUCAAUUCCAGGAGGCACGCAGAAAGCUCAGCCAGAAACUGCGGGAACUGACAGAGCAACCACCCAUGCCCACCCACCCACGAUGGAUGAAGUGCGUGGAGGAGACAGGCACGUUCUUCGAGCCCACGCUGGCAGCUUUGUUUGUUCGUGAGGCCUUUGGCCCGAGCACCCGAAGUGCUGCCAUGGAAUUAUUCACUGCGAUCCGGGAUGCCCUCAUCACUCGCCUCAGAAACCUUCCCUGGAUGAAUGAGGAGACGCAGAACAUGGCCCAGGACAAGGUCGCUCAACUGCAGGUGGAGAUGGGGGCUUCAGAAUGGGCCCUGAAGCCAGAGCUGGCCCGACAAGAAUACAACGAUAUACAACUUGGACCGAGCUUCCUGCAGUCCGUCCUGAGCUGUGUCCGGUCCCUCCGAGCUAGAAUUGUCCAGAGCUUCUUGCAGCCUUGCCCCCAACACAGGUGGAAGGUGUCCCCUUGGGAGGUCAAUGCUUACUAUUCGAUAUCUGACCAUGUGGUAGUCUUUCCAGCUGGACUCCUCCAACCCCCAUUCUUCCACCCUGGCUACCCCAGAGCCGUGAACUUUGGCGCUGCUGGCAGCAUCAUGGCCCACGAGCUGUUGCACAUCUUCUACCAGCUCUUGCUGCCUGGGGGCUGCCCAGCCUGUGACACCCAUGCCCUCCAGGAAGCUCGCCUGUGCCUGAAGCGCCAUUAUGCUGCCUUUCCAUUACCCAAUGGAACCUCCUUCAAUGACUCGCUCACAUUCUUGGAGAACGCUGCAGACGUUGGGGGGCUAGCCAUCGCGCUGCAGGCAUACAGCAAGAGGCUGUUAUGGCACCGUGGGGAGACCGUCCUGCCCAGCCUGGACCUCAGCCCCCAGCAGAUCUUCUUUCGCAGCUAUGCCCAGGUGAUGUGUAGGGAGCCCAGCCCCCAGGACUCUCACGACACUCACAGCCCUCCACACCUCCGAGUCCACGGGCCCCUCAGCAGCACCCCAGCCUUUGCCAGAUAUUUCUACUGUGCACGUGGUGCUCUCUUGAACCCCUCCAGCCGCUGCCAGCUCUGGUAACUUGGCUACCAAAGAUGCCACAGCACAGAAAUAUCGAUCAACACCUCCCUGGUCACAUCCACGGAAUCAGAGCAAGAUUUCCUUUCCGCUUCUGUUCCAAAAAUAAAAGCUGGCACUUGGCUUCCGCUUGUCUCUUAA